AUGUUCAUCCAGUGGCGCCGGGCCCAAAAUGCCCCCAGGCCAUUUCCGGGCCCACCCACCAAGAAUUUGGCCCAUUUCGUCGAGCCGGCAGCACCGCCACCACCUGAGAUUCUCCUCUACACAACUGCUGAUCAGAGAGGGGAAAAGGACGCUAAAUCUCCGGUACUCCUUGUAAAACCCACUCGAGCCAGCCAGCUGCGUACGCGACGCGCCAAAACACAAGCUCGCACCCAACCGGCGACCACGUCAAAAAUGGGCCCACCGCCGUCGCUGCAACCGAUACGGAUGGAAAGCGACCUGAGCCGCUCGCCGACCCGCGAGAAUCCGCUUUUCCUCCGCGCCCAGCCCGCCAACCUAUCGAGCAGCUGGUCGUUUGGGACGAUCGACAAGCCGGCCCCAUCCACCACCCCGGUGCUUCAUCCACGACCGUGGCGAGACCCGGUGACCCUGAAAAAGACCCCGGUCACGCAGUCGAUGGAGACGCUGCUGGCGCUGGAAAAUAAUCUCUUCUUCGCCAAUAGAAUCGUCUCGAAUUAUCGAUUUAUUCAGCCAUUUGCCCGAGUGGCCAUGAAACUCGUUAGUCACGAGCAUACAGUGGACUACAUUGUCGACACCAACACCCUGAUCCGCUCCGUUUUUGUG